AUGCCGUUUGAGUUCCCUCCAUCAGAUGUGCAACCAUUAGUCCAGGAGAUUGCUGAAAUCCUGAUCUCAAGAAAUGAAACAAUUGCGGUCAGUGAGGCUGCUUGUGGAGGUCUUAUGUCUAGUUUUUUGGUUUCUGUUCCGGGCGCAUUACGCUGGUUCCACGGCGGGACUCUGGUAUACAGCUUAAACUCGCGCCUGAAGCUUAGUGGAUGGUCUGAAGAAGAUAUAAAAUCAUAUACAGGACCUAGUCCUAAAGUUGCUCUUCGUUCAGCUCGAAACUUGAGGUUCGAACUAGGUGCAACAUAUGCGUUGUCAGAAACCGGCUUUGCCUCCAGAUCCAAGGAUUUAACAAACGACUACGGCGAGCAGGAUGUUGGUACCGUGUACAUUGGUCUUACUGGACCUAACGGCGAUCAAGUGAUCACAUUCCACACCGGUAUUGAGGAAAGAUGUGAAAAUAUGAGGAUUUUUGCAACUAAGGGUCUCGAAUUUCUAUUAAAAGUUCUAAAAGAAGCUGAAAAUAGCACUACAGACAAUGAAUCAGACGAAUAG